GAGAAUCUGCCCCGGCUAACUUCAGGAUUCUUACUUCUGGAUUUUAAAGUGUUUCUCUUUUAAAAAACUUGGACGAAUAAAAGAUGUGCCAUGGCAGGAUAGCACCAAAGAGCACCUCCACGCUGGUAGUGGCCUCCGUGGGACAUGGAGUAUUUCUUCCGCUGGUGAUCCUCAGCUCCCUGCUUGGAGACGGGCUUGCUUCCGUGUGCCCCCUGCCACCAGAGCCAGAGAAUGGGGGCUACAUCUGCCACCCCCGGCCCUGCAGAGACCCCCUGACGGCGGGCAGUGUCAUCGAGUACCUGUGUGCAGAGGGCUAUGUACUGAAGGGCGACUACAAGUACUUGACGUGCAGAAGUGGCCAGUGGAAGCCGGCCAUGGACAUCAGCUGCCGGCUCAACGAGGACAAAGACACCCAUGCAUCCCUCGGGGCCCCCACACUGUCGAUUGUGGCUUCUACUGCCAGCUCCGUGGCGCUCAUCCUCCUCCUGGUGGUGCUGUUCGUGCUGCUGCAACCGAAGCUGAAGUCUUUCCAUCACAGCAGGCGUGACCAGGGGGUGUCCAGAGACCAGGUCUCCAUCGUGGUGGAUGGUGUCCAGGUUGCGCUGCCGUCCUACGAGGAGGCUGUGUAUGGCAGUUCUGGCCACUGCGUGCCGCCCGCUGACCCCCGAGUGCAGAUCGUGCUCUCCGAGGGCUCUGGGCCCGGCGACAGGAGUGGGCCACGGGAGCAGCAACCACAGGACCUGGGGGCCUGCUCCCCUGUGGGCGGAGAGGAGGAGGCCCCGGGCCAGUCGGGACUGUGCGAAGCCUGGGGCACACGGGGCUCGGAGACUGUGGUGGUGCACCAGGCGGCCUCCUCGUCCUGGGUGGCUGGCUCGGGGGGCAGCCGCCUGGCACACAAAGAAGCAGCAGACACAGAGAGCAGUGACAUCCAGAGCCUUCUGUCCCUCACGUCGGAGGAGUACACGGAUGAUAUCCCCUUGCUGAAGGAAGCGUGAGACCUGCUAGGCUCUCCCCACUGUGAGACCCUCAGCCCACCUCUC